AUGGCCGACAUGUUCACGGACACAUUUUUGCCUCGUCGACUCCCCUCCACUCUCGGAUCUACUCCAGAGAACCACGCCGUCCCUUCCCAAAAACCUCGCUCAAUGGAAAGAUCCUCAGCUACACCGCACUUCCUGUUCGUCACCACGCCGAUGCAAGGCCACAUCAACCCGGCGCGCCGCCUCGCCGCCCGCGUGAUGGCGUCGAUGCCGGGCGCGCGCGUCACCUUCUCCACCGCCGUUGGAGGCCACCGGCUCAUGUUCCCGUCCCUAGCGAGCCCCGACGAAGAGACCGUCGACGACGCCGGCGUGCUGUACGUCCCCUACUCCGACGGCUUCGACGAGGGGUUCAGGCCCGAGGUGCAUGGCACGGACACCUACAAGGAGCGCGCGCGCGCCGUGGGGCGCGAGACGCUCUCCGCCGUCGUCGCCGGACUCGCCGCGCGGGGCCGCCCCGUGACGUGCAUGGUCUACGCCUUCCUCGUCGGGUGGGCACCCCACGUCGCGCGCGCGCACGGGAUCCCCGCGGCGCUCUACUGGAUCCAGCCGGCCGCCGUGUUCGCCGUGUACUACCACUACUUCCACGGCCACGAAGCUCUCAUCGCCUCCUGCGCCAACGACGCUGACCCCGACGCCGCCGUCGAGCUGCCGGGACUGCCGCCUCUCAGGUCCAGCGCGCUCCCGUCUGUCGUGUCUAUUACCUCGCCGGAGCACCCGCACUACCUGCUGCUCGACAUGAUGCGCGAUCUCUUCUUGGUGCUCGACGAGUACAAGCCCAAGGUGCUCGUCAACACUUUCGACGCGCUGGAGCCGGACGCGCUCCGCGCAGUCGCGCAGUUCGAGCUCGUCGCCGUCGGGCCGGUGGUGCCGGACGAGGCAUCUCCGUCGAGGUCGGACCUGUUCCGGCGCGACGACGGGAAGGGGUACAUGGAGUGGCUGGACACGAAGCCGGCACGGUCCGUGGUGUACGUCUCGUUCGGGAGCUUCCUUUCGAUGAGCGAGCGGCAGGCGGAGGAGACGAGGCGCGGCCUGGAGGCGACCGGCCGGCCGUACCUGUGGGUGGCGCGCAAGGGUGCCGGUGAAUGCGCGACUUUGGACGGCGGCGACGACGACAACGGAGUGCGCGCGCAAGGGGUGGUGGUGGAGUGGUGCGACCAGGUGAAGGUGCUGUCGCACCCGGCGGUGGGCUGCUUCGUGACGCACUGCGGGUGGAACUCGACGCUGGAGAGCGUCACGAGCGGCGUGCCGAUGGUGGCCGUGCCGCAGUGGACGGACCAGCCGACGGUGGCGUGGCUGGUGGAGGCGCGCAUGGGCGUUGGCGUGCGCGCCCGGGCGGACGACGAGGGCGCGGUGGACCGAGGCGAGCUGCAGCGGUGCGUGGAGACGAUCAUGGGCGACGGGGAGGCCGCGUUGGGGAUCCGGGCUCAGGCGGACCUCUGGAGGGGCCGGGCCGAGGAAGCGAUCGCCGGCGGCGGGACGUCGGAGAGGAACUUACGGGCGUUCGCGUCGGAGCUGUGCUCUGACGUGAACGGCACACGGGGAGACGGGGUCAGAGCGGCAGCGACGUGCACGUGAGACGUGACAUGAGCCGUGCCCCUUUUCGAUCUGCGCAUUGGGCGCGUCGAGAGAAAUUUGGUCUGCAUCGCACCAAUGGCGGCAUGGCGUCACGAUCGGUGACACUUGUACUAGUAUGGUCUACAUGUUUGUUUAGGGGAGCUAGUGAUCAUCGAUCUGCUGGCAUGUGCAGAUCUGCUGGAGAAAAAUGAUGUCCUGAACACUUAUUUAAACCAAAUGGCAAUUCAUCUUGCUCUCGU